CCCCCCCACCCCCCACCCCCAAACAAACAAGUCCCCCGUUCUCGCCGGUCCUCGGGCGGCGGAGGGAGCGGCGCGCCACGGUCUCCGCGAGCCGGGCCGGGAGCCCCGGGCGCCCGCCCCGCGGCGCAGCAUGUUCCAGCCGGCGCCCAAGCGCUGCUUCACCAUCGAGUCGCUGGUGGCCAAGGACAGCCCCCUGCCCGCCUCGCGCUCCGAGGACCCCAUCCGCCCCGCGGCGCUCAGCUACGCCAGCUCCAGCCCCAUCAACCCGUUCCUCAACGGCUUCCACCCGGCCGCCGCCGCCGCCGCCGCCGCCGCCUCCGGCCGGGGCGUCUACUCCAACCCGGACUUGGUGUUCGCCGAGGCGGUGUCCCACCCGCCCAACCCCGCCGCCGUGCCCGUGCACCCCGUGCCGCCGCCGCACGCGCUGGCCGCGCACCCGCUGCCCUCCUCGCACUCGCCACACCCCCUCUUCGCCUCGCAGCAGCGGGACCCGUCCACCUUCUACCCGUGGCUCAUCCACCGCUACCGGUACCUGGGCCACCGCUUCCAAGGGAACGACACAAGCCCCGAGAGCUUCCUUUUGCACAACGCGCUGGCCCGAAAGCCGAAGCGGAUCCGAACCGCCUUCUCCCCGUCCCAGCUUCUGCGGCUCGAACACGCCUUCGAGAAGAACCACUACGUGGUGGGCGCCGAGAGGAAGCAGCUGGCGCACAGCCUCAGCCUCACGGAAACUCAGGUAAAAGUAUGGUUUCAGAACCGGAGGACGAAGUUCAAAAGGCAGAAGCUGGAGGAGGAAGGCUCAGACUCGCAGCAAAAGAAAAAAGGGACGCAUCACAUUAACCGGUGGAGGAUCGCCACCAAGCAGGCCAGCCCGGAGGAAAUAGACGUGACCUCAGACGAUUAAAAACAAAACAAAACACACACCGAACCCCGGAGAAACGGACACAGCGGAGCAAAACUGAGACAGGGAGGACGAAGAGGAAAAAAAAACAACAACCACCCUACGAAACAAAAACCAACCGUGCGCACACACAUUCGCCUCCAGGAAGGGGAGAGGGAGUCGGAGGGAGAGCGCGGAGCGCGGCGCAGACUUUGGGCGGCGAGGGCUCACCGUCCCGAUCAGAGGCCGUGCCGGGAUGGCAGAGGAUGGAGGCUCCUUGAUCAACAUGCAACCCUUGUCUAAAGAGGCAACUGAGAGAGAGAGAAUGAGAGAGAGAGAGAGAGAGAGAGAGAAAGAGAAAGAGAGAGAGAGAGAGAAAGAGAGAGAGAGAGAAAGAGAGAGAGAGAGAGAAAGAGAGAGAGCGAAAGAUCUAAAUGUGGCGGCGCGGCGGGCGCUCUGACAAAGGGGAGCUGUCAGUCAAACGCCAAACCAGCGGGACAAGAUGAUUGGCAGGUAUUCCGUUUAUCGCAGUCCGACUUUAUUUUUUCUUUGUAAAAAAAAAAGAUGAUGAUGAUGAUAAAAGGAAAAAACAAACAAAACCCAACCAGGCACAGGACUUUUUAUUUUGCACUUCACAGUGUUUCUCCCCCCCCCCAUCAAAACUUUAAAAAUAAUUAGUAAUAAUAACGGUGGUCGAAAUUUCAUAGCCAGCCCCAUCCCACACGUGUCCAAAAACUUGAAUUGCAUGUAGCAGUUGUCUGGCGGAUGGUGUCUAAAAACAGAAAGUGAAUUGUGAUUUUCUUUUUUCCUUUUUAAAGACAGGUUCUGUGUGCUUUUGAUUUUGAGUUUUCUUUUUUUUUCUUUUUUUGAGAAAUGUGCAAGUCUGUAAACAACUUUUUGAUACUUUCUGAUGUCAAAGUGAUCGUGAAAGCUAAAUGAGUAGGCUCAGCGAUAGUGGUCCUCUUACUGAGAAAUGGGGAGCCGGAUGGGGGGGCUGGGAGGUAGCUGGGGAGGGUGUCCACAAGAGGAGUCAGGAAUUGUGUUGGGGGGAAAAGACACACCUAAAUUAAUUCUAUUUCUUGGACAUUCCCUUUCCUAACAUCCCAAGGCUUAAAAUACGAAGCAAACUCCUUUUAGUGGUUGGAGAUAAUUGGCUGAGUUCAACCAUUGACUGCAAAGGCCAUUCCAAACUUGAAGUCGAUCGAUUGAUCGAUCAAUUGAUCAUUGAUCAAUGGCAAAAACCGGAGGACUGUAGUUAGCGGGGAUGAUGCUAAGUGUGGCCAAAGACAUGGCGCAGGUUUUCAAGCACUGAGUUUCUGUUCCAAGAUCAUAGACUUACUAAAGAGAGUGACAAAUGCUUCCUUAAUGUCUUCUAUACCAGAAUGUAAAUAUUUUUGUGUUUUGUGUUAAUUUGUUAGAAUUCUAACACACUAUAUACUUCCAAGAAGUAUGUCAAUGUCAAUAUUUUGUCAAUAAAGAUUUAUCAAUAUGCCCUCA